AUGGAGCUCACCGCUCUCUGCACCAGGCUGAGUGUCACCGUGUUGUUGCUCCUGGUCACACAAGUUGACUUCAGUUAUUCUGAAAGAGCUGCCUUUCCUCAGGUUGAUCCAAACAGUCAGCAGUUCUUUGCCCAUGAGUCCUUUUCUGUCAGCUGUGAGGGACUGGAGGGACUGACUGGCUGGAGGGUGAUGAGGAUGAAGAAAGGUGUUACUCAAACAUGUGGUGCUACCUGGUCAACAUCAAAAGGACCCUGCCGAAUUAAAACUGCCUAUCCAGAGUAUGACAGUGGGGAAUACUGGUGUGAGAUGGGAGGAAGAAAGAAAAGCACCACUGUCAACAUCACCGUCACUGAUGGUCCAGUGAUCCUGGAGAGUCCUGCCCUCCCUGUGACGGAGGGAGACCUGGUGACUCUGAGCUGCAGGAAGAAGCAGACGUCCUCCAACUUCACCGCUGAUUUCUAUAAAGACGGCCACUUCAUGGACAGCAGCUCUACAGGAAACGUCACCAUCCACAAUGUUGCUGAGUAUGAUGAAGGACUCUACAAGUGCAGCAUCUCUGGAGCUGGAGAGUCACCAGAGAGCUGGCUGGCUGUCAGAGAGAUGGAGCAGAAAGGGGAGCCAGAGGGGAAGACAUGCAGCCAAGGACCCAGCCCCAGUGGAAUAGUUACAAAGCUUAACUCUUACAACCUUAAAAGGGUGGACUGGUUUGGUUUGAACCUGCUGGCCUGA